UUUCUAGCGUGUGUGUGAAAAAUGGCUCAGAGCAGUCUCAGGCAGUUUUACACGGUCAGGAAGAGACCCCAAGAGGAGCACGGGUCUCUGAAGCGCCGCAAGUUGACGGAGGAGACGCGAGUGGACCUUCCCGCGGGGGGCAAGGACGCCGAUCCCCUCAGUCUCCCCUUCACCCAGCCCACCGUAGUAUCAUCCACGUCUGAGACAGCUGGCAGCAACCUCCAGAACAAAUCCAGCCACCGGCGUUCAACUAGGACCAGAGGCAGAGGCCAGAGCACAAGUCGCUCUCGAAGACGUCGCAAAUCUCCCCCUCUUCCAGCCACACCCUCCAUUGUUCUCCCCUCCCCACCUCCCUCCCAUGAACAACCUCAGCCCACUGACGAUAAGACACAAAACCAGCAAUCUCUCACCUCACUUUCUCACACCUCCAGCUCCCAUCAGCCCUCCACUACCACUAGUAGCAAGGAGGCCACUCUGCCAACUGAAAAGGAAACAGAUGGACCUUCUUCUCAAGCUAACCACCAGUCAGAACAAUCUUCUCAAGCUAAUCUGAUAGAACCUUCUCAAGCGGACCGACUAGAAGAUGUAUCUCCAGCCAAGAGAGCAGCAGAUACGCCACCCUCUCCAGCUAAGAGGAGAGAAGAUGUGAGCAAAUAUGAUGAAGAAGAUCCUCUACUUCUUCCCUCAAGUCCAAAGUCACCAAAACAAGACACAUCUAUUUCCAAAACCUCUAAACCUCGUGCCAGUGAUUUAACUGCCCUCCCACCUCCAAGAUCGCGAAAGAAUCUUGCGGACAAACUAAAGCUUGCCUCUAGCGGUCCCCUUCCUCUCUCCUCACCUUCCUCCUCCACCUCCUCAGCCACUCCCUCCAGCCAGCCUAACGUCAGAAAGACUCCAGCUAAGACCACCUCGAAACCUUCGGCAAAAGAUUUAGCUCGGAAGACAGGGCCGGAGACCAAGUCUAUAGAUUCUUCAACUCCCGUUCACUUUGCUCGACCGAAUUACUGGAGAGCCGCAGCUAAAACAACUUCAACUCUUUCAGCCAAAGAACUAGCACAGCAAACAACAGCAGAGACUCGAUCUAGUGAUUCUUCAACUUUAGUUCGCAGUAGCCAACCAAAUGUCCCUGCUGCUAAAACUCCUUCAGCCAAGGAACUAGCACAGAAGACAGUUGUUGAGAGACGGUCUGGCAGGACACGUGAGUUAGCCCAGAGAGCAGAAGGGGAUAAGCAACCUCGUGCAACCAUGACAUCGUCUUUGACUGGAGACACAGAUUCUAUGAGUAGUUCCGAGGCUAUUAGUCGCCUCUACAAACUGUCGGCAAGAGAACUGGCACAGCGGACGGAGCCCGAGAGGAGGACACUGAAGGCGGUGCGUCGGAACAAGGGGAAAUCCCCUGCCCCGCCCACUCCACAGCUCCACCAGUUCCAGCCGUUUGUAGUGGAGAGUCCUACAAAAUCACCAAGUAAGCAGCCAGCGUACCAGCGGUUCCACAAUCUAGCCCGUUCAGCUGGUGAAACCCCCGACCUACCACUUCCUUACAAGUAUCAGGUUUUGCUGGAGAGGUUCAGAUGUACAGACACUGUGGCCACGAUGCUGCAGAAGAGGAGAGAGAUCUGCACAUUUGGCAAGCUCAAACGGGCAGUGGAAGAAAUGACCAGAAGAAAGUAUGAGAACAGGAACCUGGCACAGAUGGAGACCGUCUACCCUCGGGCCUACAUAUUCCGUCAGGAGAAGAACAUCCCCGGAGUCUAUGACAAGAGGACCUACGAGUCGUACCAGCUGACCGUAGAGUGUAAUGCCAGGGAGGACGGGAGGGAGGAGAAGGAGGGAGAGGAGGAGAAGGAGAAGACGAACGCAGUGCUGGACAGCUCGGCUCUGCUCCGCAGAAAAAAGUUGUUCAACAUGAACCUACGUGACAUCACCAGGAGAUAUCACAAGCAAUUUCUGACCUCUCUGAACCCUCCACUGGAGAUCCCUGACGAGAAGGUGCUGCGCUGGCACCCUGCGUUCCAACUGGACGGUGUACCCAAUAUUGAAGAGGCCCAGCUCCCUAAGCCUCCUCUGACGGAGAGCUACACCACGGCUCAAGACGUCCUGAAUGCUGCACAGGGGAGGCUGGGGCCUCACGUCCAGCGAGUCCUUGAAGGCGUGGCUAGUUCCUCUGAGAGGAAAGGGGCGGAGCCUGUGAGGGAGGUGGGCGGAGUUUCGGCCCCUCUUGACCCAGCCCUCAGAGGAAUCUCACAGAAGCUGCUGCAGAAGAUACAGCAGAAGGAGGCGUCUCGAGUGAAGUCUGACAUCACCAGAGACCCCGUGCAGGAGAAGAGGCUGGAGAUGGUCACACGGAUGCCUCAGCUGGCCAGGAUCCUCCGAUCACUGUUUGUAGCUGAGAAGAAAGCGGCCAUUCCGUGGGACACUGUGGUACAGAAACUGAGAGACAGUCACACCUCCUGUCUUCCUCCAGACGGAGUGGAGGAGCACCUGGAGUUCAUGAGGGAGAGUCUUGGUGGGUGGCUCAGUGUGGUGGAGGUUCGCAAGAGACGCUUCGUAAAGAUCAACAAGAACACCGACUCCCAAGUCCUCACUGCUCGAAUGCAGGACACCCGCAAGAAACUGCUAGCAUAGUAUGCUACUACAUCAGGACAAACUGUGCACGGUGGGACCAAGAUGUGUCUAACGGAUUUCUCAGAAACUCUUAUGCUACAUAUAUUAUAUUUCUUUUGCUGUUUUACUUUUCAGACAGGAC